AGUACAUACGUGAGCACAACCAUUUAGGACACUCUACCAUAUCAAUCAUUGUCUGCAACCACUGAUUACACUGAUCCCGAGGUUCUUAUCUACGAAGUCUAACGUGGCAUGUCUCACUGAGUCCGCAUUGGAUUGCAGGAUGCCGGGGAAAUGGUCCGCUCAUUUGUCGGCGGACUGGAAUUGAUUGUCAGCCUAUUGAAAUCCAACAACCUGGACGUCCUCGCUGCUGUAUGUGCCGCAGUUUCUAAAAUCGCCGUGGAUGAGGAAAAUCUUGCUGUGAUCACGGACCACGGGGUUGUGCCUCUCUUGAGCAGACUGACGUGUACGGAUACUGAACUGCAAAAUGCGGCUGCCGGGUGCAUCAGUAAUAUUCGUCGUCUGUCUUUGGCCAACGAAAAGGCGCAACUAAUGAAAUUACACUCACAAAAGCAAUCCCAACGAGCUGCCAAAGCCAAAGUUGUACGCUCUCACAUGACGAAGAAAGCUGAUGGGGAUAAGGCGACCGGUCAACAGGGUGUUCCAGCCGAGUUAGCCAAUCAGGACACAAGUAAUGAACAGCCAGAAUCGAAUCUUGCCUCCCCACAACCUGGUGAGACCGAGGGACCGGAUAUGAUGCCAUCCGAAGUACAGGGCGAGACUACAGACCUCUCACCGACCGGGAUGACCUCGGAGGAAGCGGCGGAAAAUCCGGAGUGA